CACGACGCUACAGGUCCCGACAACGCUGCCGACGACCACAACAACAGAAGCAGCCGCGGGGGCUGCCUCGAGUUCUGCCUCGUUGCAACAACGAUCUGCGACGCAGGAAACAACAAGCGCAAGAAACAACACCCCUGUGAAGACUGGUGCUGGCUCAGUAGAUGAGGUAGAGGAUGCUGGUAUCGUGGUGGCCGAUGCAGUAGUUGUGACAACUCCUAGUCCUCGUGGCAAGAUUCUUUGUUUGAAUUCGACGCGAGGCAGCGCAGAAGAUGCUCCUCUCGUCUUACCUUCAAACGGAGAGGAGGAUGGAGAACAAGGAGAGGAGGAGGAGGAAGAGGAUGUGCUCGGACCACCACCCCUUCCUCGUUGCCUGCAACGCGGCAGCAGUGAUCGCACUCGCGGGAUGAGCGUGC